ACUAUCCUUCAAUAUAAAUUAAACCAGCCAAAACACCAUCACACAUCACUCUUCCAAGUGAUCUUGAUAAACCAUCUUCAUUCGAGUUCCAUAGGCAAAUCGACCGGCAAAUAAAAAAAGAAAAAUGUAUGGUGCUAGUAGAAUGAAGAGAGUUACUGACCCGUUAGACGAGAAAAUGAAGGCUCGAAUCAUUGGCGUUACCGAAAAAAAUGGAGACCUCGGUUUCUUCAGCAGUGGCAGUGAACACAGUGCUCACGCUGAUGAUGAUGUUGCUUCUCCUAGCUUCUCCGAUCUCGUUUUCGGUGAUCCUGUAAACAAAGAGGGAGACGAAGCUUCAGAAAAUGAUUCAGAUUCUGAGCCGGAUGUAUCAAUUAGCGAUUCAAUAAACAGUAUUCAGGAAAGGCCGAGCCUUGUUUUUCAAGGUGAAUUCGAUUUGUACCGUAAUGUCAUUGUAUCCAAUGUCGCUAAGGGAAUGGAAGCGUUUUCCUUCUUCAAAACGAAUAAAUCAAUGCUUCAGAGGAAUGUAAUGGCAUAUUUAAGGAAUUUAGGUUACAAUGCCGCGAUUUGCAAGACGAAAUGGGAGAGCUCCGGUGGACUAUCUGCUGGAAAUUAUGAGUUCAUCGACAUUAUCAAAUCGGAUUCCGCCAGUAGAAUCAUCACUCGCUACUUCAUCGAUCUCGAUUUCGCAGCACAGUUCGAGAUCGCAAGGCCGACGAUUCAAUACAAACAAUUAUUACAGUCAUUGCCGAAUAUAUUUGUUGGAAAUAUCGAUGAGCUAAAGCAGAUAUUGCGAACAAUGAGCGAUGCUGCGAGACGAUCGUUGAAAAGCAGAGGCCUAACGUUUCCGCCAUGGAGGAAGCACCGUUUCAUGCAGAACAAAUGGUUAAGUUCGUAUAAAAGGACAAUUAAUAUCAUGCCGACGGCGAACUCGCCGGCGUUGUUGUCGCCGUUAAAUCAGACGGUGAAGUGCAGGACCGUCGGGUUUCACACUACCGCCGUUAACGGCCGUGCGUUGUUUCCCGCGGCAGCCCGUACUAGGUGAUUAAAAGGUAGCAGUAAAAGCAAUUACUCAAAUUUUGGAAUAAAGUAAUACUAAUAGGAUAUUUAUUUUAUUUUUCUGCUUUAUUCAUAAUACAGUACUUGUAUUUGAUUAUACAUGAAAUUUAAUUAACAUCUGGUUUCUAUUCGAA